CAAAAGAGGGAUAGUGUUGGUAUUUAGCGUGGGUGCGUGUAGUGUGUGCUUUGGAAUUAAGCAGUCAGGCAAUACAGUUUUCGUUUCAACUUUCUGUAGCCCACUCCCUUAGCCACGCACUCUUUCAUCUAUCUCUCUCGACACUUGUUUCUUCCACUUUCUCAAUUCCAUUUCUGUUUUAACAGCAACAACGAACCUUCAAGGAGCUUCAACAAUGGCGGCCCAUUUUUAUUUCCCUCUUCUACUUGCCUUUCUCUUAGCUAAUUCUCACUUCAUUCACAGCACUGUCACGUACGAUCGGAAGGCCAUUCUCAUCAAUGGCCAAAGAAAAAUCCUCUUCUCUGGCUCCAUUCACUACCCCAGAAGCACCCCUCAAAUGUGGGAAGAUCUGAUUCAGAAAGCCAAAAAUGGAGGCUUAGACGUCGUUGAAACCUACGUUUUCUGGAAUGUCCAUGAGCCUUAUCCCGGCAUUUACAAUUUUGAAGGGAGAUACGAUUUGGUGAGGUUUAUUAAGACGAUACAGAGAGCAGGGCUGUAUGCUCAUCUUCGCAUUGGGCCUUACGUUUGUGCUGAGUGGAAUUUUGGAGGGUUCCCUGUUUGGUUGAAGUAUGUUCCGGGGAUUAGCUUCAGAACAGACAACGAAGCUUUUAAGAACGCCAUGCAAGGUUUUACGGAGAAGAUAGUGGGGCUAAUGAAGAGCGAAAACCUGUUCGAGUCUCAGGGUGGUCCCAUCAUCCUUGCUCAAAUUGAGAAUGAGUAUGGAACAGAAAGCAAAUUAUUUGGGGCAGCUGGUCAUAACUACAUGACUUGGGCAGCAAACAUGGCUGUUGGACUACAAACAGGAGUCCCAUGGGUUAUGUGCAAGGAAGAAGAUGCCCCUGAUCCAGUGAUAAACACAUGCAAUGGCUUUUACUGUGAUGCAUUUUCUCCCAACAAACCCUACAAACCUACAAUGUGGACAGAAGCUUGGACUGGUUGGUUUUCUGAAUUUGGUGGUCCGUUGCAUCAACGACCGGUUCAAGACUUGGCAUUUGCAGUGGCUAGAUUCAUUCAGAGAGGAGGAUCCAUGGUGAAUUAUUAUAUGUACCAUGGUGGGACAAACUUUGGACGCACUGCAGGAGGUCCUUUCAUUACUACCAGCUAUGACUAUGAUGCUCCAAUCGACGAGUAUGGAUUAUUGAGGCAACCAAAAUAUGGUCAUCUGAAGGAGCUUCACAGGGCUAUUAAAAUGUGCGAGCCAGCUUUGGUUUCAGCUGAUCCUAUUGUUACUUCAUUAGGGGACCAUCAACAGGCUCAUGUAUACACUUCUGAAUCUGGAGGAUGUGCAGCUUUUCUAUCAAACUAUGAUACAAAAUCAUUUGCAAGAGUUUUUUUUAACAACAGGCAUUACAAUUUACCUCCAUGGUCGAUCAGCAUCCUUCCUGACUGCAGAAAUGCAGUUUUCAAUACAGCAAAGGUUGGAGUUCAAACUUCACAGAUGGGAAUGCUGCCUGCAGAAUCUACUACUCUUUCCUGGGAAAGUUAUUUUGAAGAUAUCUCUGCAUUAGAUGACAGCUCGAUGAUGACUUCUCCUGGUUUAUUGGAGCAGAUAAAUGUCACUCGGGACACUAGUGACUACUUGUGGUACAUAACCAGCAUAGAUAUCAGUUCAUCUGAACCCUUUCUGCAUGGAGGAGAACUGCCCACUCUGCUUGUUCAAUCGACAGGCCACGCUGUGCAUAUCUUUGUUAAUGGGCAGCUUUCAGGUUCUGUCUCCGGGUCAAGAAAGAGCAGGAGGUUCACAUAUUCUGGGAAAGUUAAUUUGCAUGCUGGAACAAACAAAAUUGGUUUGCUUAGUGUCGCUGUUGGAUUGCCGAAUGUGGGAGGACAUUUUGAGACAUGGAACACAGGAAUCCUUGGUCCAGUUGUUCUCUAUGGACUUCGUCAGGGAAAAUGGGACCUAUCCUCACAGAAGUGGACUUACCAGGUUGGGCUGAAAGGAGAAGCCAUGGAUCUCAUAUCUCCCAGUGGAUUUUCUCCUGUUGAAUGGGUGCAAGCAUCAUUGGCUGCCCAAACACCUCAGCCGUUAACUUGGCACAAGGCUUAUUUUGAUGCUCCUGAAGGAGAGGAGCCAUUGGCCUUGGACAUGGAGGGAAUGGGAAAAGGUCAAAUAUGGAUUAAUGGGCAGAGUAUUGGACGAUACUGGACAGCAUAUGCUCGUGGUAAUUGUAGUCGCUGCAACUAUGCUACAGCAUUUAGGCCUCCAAAGUGUCAGCUAGGCUGUGGCCGACCAACCCAAAGAUGGUACCAUGUACCUCGGUCUUGGCUAAGGCCAGAACAGAACCUGUUGGUUGUUUUCGAGGAAGUUGGAGGAAAUCCCUCAAGAAUCUCUAUUGUGAAGAGAUUGGUGACAAGUGUUUGUGCUGAUGUUUCUGAAUUUCACCCAACUUUCAAUAACUGGCACAUUACAGCAAAAUUUCAUACACCCAAAGUUCACCUCAGCUGUGAACCAGGCCAAUACAUUUCUUCCAUUAAGUUCGCAAGCUUUGGAACCCCAUUGGGAACUUGCGGGAGCUACCAGCAAGGAACUUGCCAUGCCCCUACCUCACGUGCCAUUCUAGAGAAGAAAUGCGUGGGAAAGCAGAGAUGUGUUGUUACCGUAUCCAACAGCAACUUCGAAGACCCAUGUCCAAAUAUGAUGAAGCGAUUAUCGGUUGAAGCUGCAUGUAAUCCCACAACUUCUACAUUUCAAUCCAACUGGGGGGGUUAACUUGAUAAAAACAAAAAGGUGAUUUUAGCUACUUAAUCAAGCGCGGAUUCAGUGAUAUGACUAUACACACAGCACUAGCAAAAGUAAGCAAGUAAAGGAAGGGUAAAGGAAAGGUAUAGAACAAGAAUAGUAGUGUUCAGUCUUCAUCCUGGUUACCUGUACAGCAAAAGGAGAUUGGUUUCAAAUGGUUAGCAGCUGCUAUACAAUAGUGUUUGUUAGGGAAAAAAAGUAUUUGUUUUUGUGUGGGGUGAUAUGUUCAUUCUAGGGCCCUAAGUUGAAUCUGCAACCUUCCUUUCCAUUUUAGAGGGAAGCACAAGCUUUUAUCUAUUUGUCUUCAUGCUAGGAGGGGAUCCUGAUGUAACAAUGUGAUUUCAUUGAAUAACCAGAAACGAAGUUAUUUA